AGCAGCGUCAACGUCAAAAAGCUCGCCGAAGAGAUGAUCCUGUAUCGCCUGGACCACUGGAGAGCGAGGGCCGCGGUCGUUUACACCACCGGUCAGAGAGAUGCAACUCCCCUCUGGAGCCCCCAAUGGGCAGGCGUUGUCCCCCAACAAAAAGGCUGUAGCUUGUUUGAUGGGUUUGACCGCACCUGGUUCAUCCCCUUUGAUGUCGCCACGCCGCUUCCAGAGGACAAGCAACACAUUGCGGACGAUCUCGAACGACGGGGCAAGGAAAUGAAGGAGAUUUUCGAGUCCAAGAGAGAGUAUAUCCUACCUCGGCUGCAGGUUGUCCUGGAACAGGAGAUCAAGACCAAGUGUCAAAACCAGUGGGAUCAGAACUGGGAUAAGAAGGACUUGCCGCCGAUGGAAUGGUCUGACGUAAGGCACAAGUACGGCAUCACGGAACAAGUCAAUCUGGUGGCCAAAGGUCGUUUGGCCGAUGGAAGAGCACUACUGCCAGGGUACUAUACAGUCAUCGUCCUCGACCUUGCCGUCGACGGCAAAAUGCUUUUUCAACGAGUCAAUAUGCCGCCCGACAUCACUCUACAGGGCUUUCUAUCACGACUCGAAAGCUGGUCUGUCUCCAAAAGCGAGGACGAUGGGCGUCUUUUAGACUUGGUACGCACCAAGCUGGAGAGGGUCUUGCUGCGCGGUACUACGGCGGCGAUACAGAAGGCUCAAAACUUGCUCGACCAACUGAACAAACCUGCCUUCAAGGUGGAUUGCGAAGGAAGCGAGAUGGAUACUUGGGUCUUCAAAUUGAAUCACAACGUCAACUACUACAUCCGUCCAGCGCAGGGGCCGGCCGAUAUCAGGCGCUGGAAAGGGCUCAAAGAGGCGUCCUUUGACGAAUUCGUCCAGGGGGUUCGUGCAGGAAAGCAUCCAGUUGUUGUCCGACCCUGGAAGAUUCGACUACGACGCAUGUGGCCCGACAUCGACGAACUUGACGAUGGACUCCCGCCUGAAACCGCUCCUGGCGAACCAGAAUUGUCGUUGGAGCAGCUUGACCUCGUCGAUGAGCUCCUAGCGCAGCAUAGCGAUCAAGAAAGGCAGCAAGGGAGGCGGUUUAUCCAGGCAUUAGAAAGGGUCCGG